UGGUAUACAACCAAUCAUGAACUACCUCCCAAAUUCCAAACCAAGUUUGUACCAUUGCUCCAGCCAGACGAAUCGACAACGCGUUGGCUAGAACGUGCCAAAGUACUAUCAACAAAUAUUUGGCUUCACAUCUGGCAUGCUGUAGCUCGCGUAGUUUUACAAUUUUUUAUGACGCAGACUGAUAUUAAUGGAUAUCUAAAUCGUGGUUCUAUGUUUAUACUAUCGGAACAACAAUUUGGAAAACUGCUUAAAUGUGGUGGUUUUGACUUCAAAUCAUAUGAUACUAUACACUGCUUAGAUAUUGGCGCCGGAGAUGGUGAAAUUACUAUACGUUUGCUAAGAUCGAUUCAGGAUUUACAUCCAAAUAGCAAAAUUCAUACAUUUGCCACAGAAACCAGUUGGACAAUGCGUGAGCGUUUAAAAAAUAGGAACUUUAGUAUUCUUGAACGGAUAAGUGAGGUACAAAAUGUCCAAUUGAUAUCAUGCUUGAACGUGCUGGACCGAUGCAUCGAUCCAAUAGAUCUUUUGGAAGAAAUUUAUAAAGCGUUAGCCCCAAAUGGACGUGUUUUAUUGGCACUGGUUUUACCCUAUGUACAUUAUGUGGAAAUGAAUUCAUCCCACAUGCCACUACGUCCUCUACUAAAACAUUGGCCAGAACGUUCUCAGCAAUUGAGUUUCGAAGCAGAGGCAGUUGCAUUUUUUGAAUUACUAGAUCAAAUGGGUUUCCGUAUUGAAGCUUGGACUAAAGCACCUUAUCUAUGUGAAGGCGAUUUAAGGCAAUCAUUUUAUUGGCUAGUAGACAUUGUAGUAGUAUUGUCAAAAAAACCCUUAGGUAAUAAAGUUUAAAUAUUUAUACUAAUGAAUGUAAAA